CACCCUCAGUGUUUAGCGGAGCCGCUAGAGUGGAGAAACACAUAGCGGAGUCCGGUCCAUCUCUACCGCAGCUAGCUAACCCCGCAGCAAGGCCAUUGCGGGAAGAUGGCGACGGAAAAAGUGAAGCAUGAAGGAAGAGUUAAAAUUGGACAUUAUAUUCUCGGAGACACUCUCGGAGUGGGGACGUUUGGGAAGGUUAAAGUGGGCCAACAUGAGCUGACCAAGCAUCAAGUGGCAGUGAAGAUCUUGAACAGGCAGAAGAUCCGCAGUUUGGACGUGGUGGGAAAGAUUCGCCGGGAGAUCCAGAACCUCAAGCUUUUCAGGCACCCUCACAUAAUUAAACUGUAAGUCCUAGAUUACACCCUGCUCACUGCUCCUUAAUCCCCUUGCCACCACAUUAAUGCCACCCAUUGAGCUAUUUUCAGGCUUUUAUAGUGUUGUUUUAGAAUGCAUCCAUCUAGGACAGUAUCCGUCUGACUCAGUCCACUCUCUCUUCUGACCUCUCCCUAUUGUGCAGUAUUGACUGUUUAGUUAUUCCCUCAGUUGGUCUUUCAUUUUAAUGUACAAAAGUGCCCUGGCUUUGCCUUUGUUGUGGGUAGCUGUGUAGCUUGCUCUGCUGGUAUUAUUGUCAACAUCUGGUAGGCUAAAGCAGAUAAGUGUGUCAUUUCAAAUGAGUCAUUUUUUAACGUCAUAGUCUGAGCUGACUGUGCCAUAAUGUUCUGGUGCUCUAAGUUAAACUUACUAUUUGACAGUUGUCAGGGGACUUCCUGUUUGGUAAGGGAAUGUUCACAGACUCAAGGCCACAGUUACGGGGUCAUUAAACUGACGGGGGGGCGGGUAGAAUUGCCUGAAAUACCCGUUCCAUGUCAAGCAUGUUAAAAAAUGUAAGCUAUGUCUGUGUGUCUACGCAUGAGAGACUGAUUCCAUCUUUGGCAGGGUGCACGGACCAC